UCAUUUUUGACAGCGCGGUUUUUUCUUCUACGCCAGCAUCUGUCAGACGUAUUAUGUUUUUUUUUCUUCAUUCAAAAUUUUCAUAGAUCAGUGAAACAUGAAUAUCUAUUUCGUUGCUAGUUUAUUUGUGUGAAAAACUAAGAAAUUUAUAUAUUAUUUGAUAAAAUAUCUAAACAAAACAAAAGAAACAAUGAAUUAUGUACAAAAAUACUUUAAGAGACAACAGGGAGAGGCAGGUGACCUGAGUUAUGAUUUUGCAUUGAAGCGUUUAUGUGUGGCCAAAGAGGACAGCUGGCGGGGCAUACAACCAUCCAAUUAUAGCUCCGAUUUUAAUCCAGAGCCACCAAUAUUUGCAGCAAAAUUUGCCAAUUGUGAUGGAUAUCGUCAUAUGUUGGCCAUUGCCAAUGAGGAUGGAAAGAUUGCCUUGCAAGACACCACCAAACGGAACUAUGAGGCUGAGGAGAAGGCAUUGACAGCACCACAGUGUCAUUACAAUGCUGUGUUUGAUUUGGAAUGGGCUCCCGGGCAGAUGCGUUUCAUAUCAGCUUCAGGUGAUCACACAGCUCGCCUGUGGGAAGUAACAAAUAGCGAGAUUGUAGGCAUACGACCAUUUGUUGGCCAUACGCGGUCUGUAAAAACUGCAGCAUUUCGUAAAAAUGAUUCGUCGGUGUUUGCAACAGGCGGCCGAGAUGGUGCAAUCAUAAUAUGGGAUACGAGGGCAAAUCUAAAUGUAGAUAUGACACCACGAGCUGAUAAUUGCAUUUAUAGUGGCCAUGUUGGUGGACCCGGGACACCAGUUUCGCAGAGGAAACGUUCUCGAACACCGAAAAUGCCACCAAACACAACGUCAAGUAGUAUUACAGGAUUAGCAUUUCAAGAUGAAAACACAUUGAUCUCUUGCGGAGCAGGCGAUGGAAUUAUUAAAGUCUGGGACCUGAGACGUAACUACAGCACCUAUAAGAAAGAGCCCCAUCCCAAGUAUAGCUUACCUUAUGCGGGGACAUCUACCUUUAAGGGGUUUACAAAUUUAAUUGUCGAUGAAUCGGGAUGUCGUCUGUUUGCUAACUGCAUGGAUAAUACAAUUUAUUGUUAUAACCUCCAUUCCUACUCACCAAAGCCCCUGGCCCGUUAUAGAGGCCUUUUAAACAGUACAUUUUAUAUUAAAUCUUGCCUUAGUCCUGAUGGAAAAUAUUUGCUAAGUGGCAGUUCCGAUGAGAAGGCCUACGUAUGGAAUUUGGAGUAUCCUGAUGAACCACUGGUAGGCUUAUCCGGUCAUGCCGUGGAAGUAACAUGUGUAGCCUGGGGCUCCACAUAUGACUGUCCCAUUGUGACCUGUAGUGAUGAUGCCCGCCACAAGAUAUGGCGUAUUGGCCCUGAACAAAUAUCUGAAUCUGAUAAGCAGGAAAAUUAUAGAGGUCAUGCAGAGUACGUUAUGAAAUUUACAAAACCCACAAAUCAUUCAGCAUCCACGCAUAAGUAUAAUUUGAGAGAACUGGAGUCGACACCAAGAUCAUUGAAAAGACUGGUCGAACAAAAUGAGCGCACACCAAAUACAGUGGAAAAGGUUGCAACAAAACGCAGUUUCCUCGAGAUGUUGGGUGCUGCUGCCAACAAUCCGGAGGGGGUAGAUGGUGAAAAUGAAAUGCCAGAAAACAAAAGGCAAAAGACAUUGGAAACACGAGGUCGACGACUUUUCAGUCCUUGUCCGUCCACAACAAGUUCUGUGAUUGCAAGUACCUCCUUGGGUUUGUCGGCGAGAUGUUUGCAAAAACAAUUAACUUCCAUACCUGAAGAAAAUGCCAGUGCAUUGAAUACUCCAAGUUAUGUUACAAAUAAUGAUUCUAAUCAAGAGAAUAACCAACAAACCACAGUCCUAAACACACCUCCGUCCAGUAUUGGUAUAUCGAAAAUAUUUCCCUCAUGCCAGACAACACCUUCACCCCUGGCCGAACGGAAGCCGGUGCUAGACACGAAUCUCAAUGCUGCUUCCUACACAUCUCCGCCCUCGACAAGUCAGCAGGCCAACAUAAACUCAGGCCAAUCUUCAAUGUCUUCAAUGAUAUAUUCGCCCACAUCUAAUUUACCCAAUUAUGUGCUGGAUGGCGAAGCACCACAUUUGGGCAUUAUGUCACCCAAACGUAAAAUAAAAGAAAAAGUAGACUGGUUAACAAAAAUGCGAAAACAAAAAUUGCUAUCCACAUGUCGGGGUACCACAUUAGCGGAAAAAAUGCAAGACUCCAUGAAUACGGGGCAGACGAAUGAAUCUAAUGCGGGUUUGGGAGGGGGAGGUGGAGUUGGGCCUGUUGCAGCAGUUGCUUCGCCUCGUCUACAAAGCUUAAGACAAUCCGAAAGCAGUCCUAAAUCUACAACGCCCAGACGUCGGCUGUCACAAAAUCAUCACAUGUCACCAUCAUCGCCCCACUCACAACCUAGAACGCCUACAUCGAGUAGAAGGAAUAGUGAGACAACCUUACUACGAUUUUUCAGUAUUCAACCCUCCCAAAAUGCAUCUCCGGCAGUUUCUAGUCAAGAUACCCGGAGCUCAUCAUCAACAGGUGUGACAACAUCCGUUUCCAACGCAGACGUUGGUGAAAUGAGACCUUUAUCGCCAGCCCCUGCCACAACAACACAAGAAACGUGUACGAAUCCUGCGUCAAGUACACAUACCUCUGGCGCAAAUAACGGCACUACAAAUUCACUGCCUGCAACUGCUGCAACAACAUGUACUGAGUGACCGAGUAGUUCAAAUUGCUCAAGCCCAAAACUUUUACUACUUUUUACUUUACUUUUCUAAAUUAUUAUUUUUCACAUCUAGUUGUAAUCUUUAUUUUUCUAUUAUUUUGUUUUAUUAACAAAUGUUGUUUUUCGCCUAUUUUUUUAAAUGCUUAAUUUUUCAAGCUCUAUUACGAUUUAUUGGUUACAAUGUCUGGAAUUACAACUGUCACUGAUCCCCAAAACAUGGUUAUAAGACAAUAUAAAUUAAACUUAUCACUGAGAUUUCGUUUAAAAACCAGUUGCUAACAAAUCGAUCGUAAUAGAGAAACACUUUUCUUAUUUUAUUUUCAUUGGCGUUUAUUGUUUAUAGUUUUUAAAUUAUAUAGUUUGUAAAUUAAUUGCAUAGUUUUAAGCAUUUAAUAUAAGUGAAUUUUUUUAUAUACAAACUAAAACCUUCCCUACAUUACAAAAGGGAAGGAGUGAAAAAAUCUUUUUUGGUUUUUCAUUUUCGAAAAUUGGUAACCAAUUUCCGAACAUGAAAAAUCAGCUAAAACACACACAGAACCAAUAAAGACUUAUAAAUGUAUUUAUAAAAUAGAAACUAAAGUGAAAAAUGUUUUUGAUUUGAUUGUUUAGACAAUAAUACCUUGACUUGUUAGAAAAAAAAAAAAAAAAUACUCGCAGAAAUACAUAAAUAUAUCUUAUCUACAAAGACUAUGAAAUGCAUGAACAAUUAUUUUAAUGUACAAAUACCUACUAUUAUUUUUUAGAAUGAACAGCUGCAUGUGAAACCCCAAAAGGCUAUUAACAAUAAAUAAUUACAAAAAGAA